AUGGCACUGGGCUGCCAUGUUUUAUCUGUGAUCUUGGUAGUGAUGGUUGGAAGAGGGCAAGCUCAGGAUGAUUUUUUUCCCGAGGGGCCAAUGCCAACGCCAGACUGUGGUUCACAGGAAAUAGAUUUGCUCAUACUGUUAGACUCUUCUGAAAAACAGGUCGAGUUCGAGGCUCUGCGCCAGUACGCCGCCGACGUCGUGGAAUUCAGCAGCGUUGACUCCGGCGCCGUGCGCGUCGGCUUCGUGUCGUACAGCGCCGAGGUGAACACAAUAUUCCACCUCGACCAGUACCGGACGAUCAGCCGAAUCCAGAGUGAGAUUCUCCGAGCUCCUUUCCGGCCGGGGAGACGAAACACUGCCGGAAUUCUCCGAAUGGUCACGAGGAUGUUCCAGCAGGGACGGGACUCAGCUCCGGACAUCGUGUUGCUGCUGACGACGGGACGUUCGCAGAUGAACGCGGCGGAUAUAGCGGGUAUCGCGCGGGAGAUCAAGGAGAGCGGGGUUCAGAUUUUUGCCACGGGGGUGAACGUGGACAGUGAGGCGGAACUGGACAUGGUCGUCAGUCGUCCAUUGGAGGAGGCGAAGAUCGUGGUGAACGACAUCGCUGACCUGUCGUACAUGGCAGACGUGACCUUUUCACAGAUCUGUGCACGCGCCCAGAGUUUGAAGCAUAACAAGCUCAGAAGUUCACAAGACCUUGACCUUGUCUUUCUGCUGCACUUCUCUGACAAAAUGUCACGUGACAACCACCGGCGCGUGCUGUCGUUCAUGAAGAACGUGGUGCAGGCGGCGGACGUUGACUCAGGGUCGGUGCGGGUGGGCGCCGCUAUCUACGAGGGUCGGUCGUUUGCGCUUUUCAACCUGAACCAGUACGGUACGAAACAAGACCUGCUCAACGGCAUAGACAAGAUCUCCUUCACCUACAGGUCGUCUUCCGUGAACGCCGCGUCUGGGUUCGACACCGUCAGGCGCCAGAUGUUCACCGCCGACGCUGGCGACAGAGCCGACGUGCCCAACGCCGUGAUCGUCGUCACUGACGCCAACGCCAACAUCGACGUGUCUCGCACCAUCCAAGCAGCCGAGGAUCUACGUAACGACGGCGCCUUCGUGUACAGUGUUGGAAUAAACCUUGAUUCGCCAGACGAGUUGGAAGCAAUGGCGUCUGAACUGAACUUCUACGACAUCGAGAACUUUGACGAGUUGUCUAAUGUUCGUGAAGACUUGGUGGAGCAGAUCGCUAGUCGUAAGUUAUCAUAUGUCUGGCACUCGUGUAAUAAAUGUAAUAUCUAUCACAUACUCGUAUUUCCUGUUUCGCAUGAAUCUUUUUCAGCGAGAAAACAAGCCGACAUUGUCAUAGUAUUUCAAGCUUCUCAGGCAAUCAAGCCAAAAUUCUUCAAGCGAACGUUAGUGCCAUUUUUCAGUAGUCUGGUAUCGGCUGCGGACGUAGACACUGGCGCUUUCCGGUUCGCGUUGGUCAACUACGCGAACAAACCACGUCUCCAGUUCGGCUUAUCUCGGUACACGAAUAAGGCCGAACUCCUGGGCGCUAUCAAAAAACUCAAACCCAAACUACGAUCGAACAAGGCAAACGCUGGCGAGGCGCUCAAAUUCGUGAGGACGAAAAUACUCACAGAAGAGCAAGGAGACAGGCCUGACGCUCCCAAUGUUGUUUUGUUGGUCUCGGAUUCAAAAGAUAGCUUCAAUAGAGAAAAGUUCUUCCGAGAAGCAAGAGUGCUAAAAGACACUGGAGCUAAAAUUUACUCCAUUUCCUUGGCAACCGCCAAUGAGAACGAACUUCGGUCUGUGGCAAGUGAACCAGUGGAUUUGUAUUAUACACGCUUUAGUGAUACGACAGCCAAUCAAAUUGCCGCACGUAUUCGAGAUCGGGAUUCACUUGGGUCUACAGGAAGUUCGAUGGUAAAACCGGAAGAACCUAGAAAACCAGCAACCGUGUCUUCCACCGGAGAAGAAACUGUCAGUGAACAAGCUACCAGUCUUUCUUUAGACAACAGCGGAGAAGCCGACCUUAUCGUCCUGUUCCACGUGAGCCCGAGCAUGAAGACCAAAGUGUUCCGUCGUACUUACGUCCCCUUCCUACAGAACCUCAUCUCGAACGCCGAGAUCGACUCAGGCGCCGUGCGGGUGGCGUUCGUCAACUACGCCAACAAGGCGCGAGUCCAGUUCCACCUGAACAAAUACAACUCCAAGGCCGCAAUGAAAGCCGCCAUCAGAAAAUUCAGCCCCAAGUUGAAAGCGAGAAAGGCUAACGCCGGAAGUGCGCUGCAGUACAUCCGGUCCACCAUGUUUACCGAGAAGAUGGGCGACCGACCGGGCGUUCCCAAUGGAGUCAUUCUCGUAACCGGGACGAAGACGGGCGCCGGACAGAAAUCUUUCUUGAAGGAGGCAGAGAAACUGAAGCAAGCGGGAGUGAAGAUUUUUACUAUCGGCGUGGAUAAGGCUGACACCGGGGAGCUGCGAUCUGCCGCCAGUGGCCCUUCCUACUAUUACUACGCGUCGUCCUACGACGCAUUGGGCAAGCAGGCAGUCAGUGCUGUCGGCAACCAGAUUUACUCAUUGAGUCCCUUCCCACGACGGCCAGUUUUACCGCCCACAGACAAACCAUCGUUGGUCACGCUUUCUCCAGUCACAGGUGGACCAGAUUUUGGUUUGUGUGCGGGGAUUGAUUUAAGAAAAACUGACUCGGCAGACAUCGUGUUCGCCCUUCAUUUCAACCCCAGGGGCAGUGACGAAGACUUCCGGAGGUUAAUGAAUUACAUGAGCGAACUUGUUCAAAGCGCCGACAUGGACUCCGGAAAAGUACGAUUUGGAAUGUAUGUAGAUGGUGGAUACAUGCCCUUCCAACUCAAGCAAUUUGACUCGAUAGACGAUCUUACGGACACUCUCUCACAGCUGCCUAAGCGCAUUUCAACCAGGAGGUCAUUUGACCUUAUCAAGACGCUCAAGGACAUCCGUACAAAGAUGUUUACUGCGGACAACGGCGACAGACCCAACGUGGCCAACGUCGUCAUCCUCAUCACAGACACGUCGUCCACGCAGCGACUGUCAGACAUCAAAAACGAGGCCAAACUGACGUGCGAUUCUGGCAUCACAGUGUUCUCUAUCGGCGUGGGUCUGCGAGACAAGAGUCAGAUGGAGGUGGUGGCGUCCAACACACGCAACAUCUACACAGUGUCAGACUACACAGAGCUGGAACGUGACGGCGACUCCGUGCGCAGGGAAAUUAUGGCCUUCCGAGGUGCAGGAGGACAACUCGAACCCUCGACGACUAAAGGUUCUUUUACAGGAUGUAGCGACGUCAAACUAGACAUUGUUUUCGUUGUCGAUUCCUCCACCAGUGUCAGAGAACCCAACUUUAGAUCUGUGCUGGGUUUCAUUCAACAGUUCCUGACGUUCGCCGACAUAGAUGGUGGCAGCGUUAGGGUGGGGUUGUUAACGUACAGCACGGAUAUCCACGUCCAGUUUUACCUGAACGACUUCCAUACUAAACUUGACGUGCUACGUGCUGUGGACACCGUUCCUUACCGCUACGGGAACACAAACACAGCCGAGGCGCUCGAGACGGUGACGUCGACGAUGUUCUCGGUAAGACACGGCGACCGAUCGGCGGUUGACAAUCUGGUGGUCGUAAUAACGGACGGCGUUUCAAACAUCAAUGCUCACAGGACCAUCCCCGAGGCAGAGAGGGCCAGAGCGGCGGGGAUACGGAUCGUGGCUAUCGGAGUGGGGUUGGUCGACACACAGGAACUCGAUGGAAUUGCCAGUCGCCCCGUCACUGAGAACCGAUUCUUGAUCCAAGAUUUUUCACAGCUGAUGGACGUUGGAGAGACAAUAUUUUCAUCAUUCUGUACAGAGGAGAUGCUCUAUGUUCCUGAGGUGACCGUGGACUGUUCUGUGUCACAGUUAGAUCUCGUGUUUGUCACUGAUUCCUCCACGAGUGUCACAGAGACCAACUUCCGGACAGUCCUCGAAUUCCUCAAGUCCUUUCUGUCCUACAGUGACCUUGACCACGGUAACGUGAGAGUCGGUAUGCUGGUAUACAGCACAGACGUCCACAUCCAGUUCCACUUGGAUGCCUUUAAUCGCAAAGCUGACGUCCUUUUGGCGAUAGACAAGACUUCAUUUCACCACGGAAACACCAACACAGCAGCUGCGCUUCGAGAACUGAGGACAGAUAUGUUUUCGUUGGAACACGGAGACCGACCCAAUGUGCAGAACGUUGCCCUGUUUGUCACAGACGGCGUGUCCAAUAUUAAUGAGACGGAAACGAUUCCCGAAGCAUUGCGAGCUCGUUCAUCCGGUAUAGAGAUAUACGCGGUUGGGGUCGGAUUGGUGGACACAAAGGAGCUUGAUGGUCUGGCCAGUGACCCUGUAGACAUCCACCGCUUUAUUGCGGAGCAUUUCUCACAGCUCCAGAAUUACCUCGCCAAGCAGAUUUUUACGUAUGUCUGUAGAAAAGAAUGUGCAGGGUCCAAGCUUGACCUAGUGUUUGUUUUGGACGCCUCAACAAGUGUAACGAAACCUAACUUCCAACUUGUGCUCGACUUCACAAAAGACUUCAUAUCAUUUGCCGACAUCGAUGGUGGCAGUGUCCGAGUUGGAGUGGUAGUCUACAGCACCAGAGUACACACAGAAUUCUAUCUGGACAGAUAUUCAAGUAAAUCAGAAAUACUCGAGGCCAUAGACUCGAUUCCAUACACCUAUGGCAGCACCAACACAGCCGACGGGUUGAAGGUGAUGAGAAGACAGGUGUUCUCACUGCAGCACGGUGACCGACCAGACGUGGACAAUAUGGCGAUAGUUGUCACAGAUGGAGUCUCAAACAUCAACUCCAGACAGACCUUGCCUCAAGCCCAGGCUGCCAGGGACGAGGGAAUCACCAUCUAUGUCAUAGGGAUUGGACUGGCCGACACUAGGGAGCUUGAUGGGAUAGCCAGUCUCCCUAUAGACAAACACAGAUUCAUAGUGCAGGAUUUCUCAGAAUUACGAGGGUUGCAUCAACAAGUCUUCACAUCUUUCUGUCCAGAAAUUCCGUUGAUUAUCCCUACACCACGUCCAGUUGAACAAUGUGCAGGAUCAAGACUUGACUUAGUGUUUGUUCUUGACGCCUCAACAAGUGUAACCAAACUCAACUUCCAACUUGUGCUCGAAUUCACAAAAAACUUCAUAUCAUUUGCUGACAUUGAUGGUGGCAGUGUCCGAGUUGGAGUAGUAGUCUACAGCACCAGCGUGCACACAGAGUUCUAUCUGGACAGAUAUUCUAGUAAAUCAGAAAUACUUGAGGCCAUAGACUCGAUUCCAUACACCUAUGGCAGCACCAACACAGCCGACGGGUUGAAGGUGAUGAGAAGAGAGGUGUUCUCACUGCAGCACGGUGACCGACCAGACGUGGACAAUAUGGCGAUAGUUGUCACAGAUGGAGUCUCCAACAUCAACUCCAGACAGACCUUGCCUCAAGCCCAGGCAGCCAGGGACGAGGGAAUCACCAUCUAUGUCAUAGGGAUUGGUCUGGCCGACACUAGGGAGCUGGAUGGGAUAGCCAGUCUACCUAUAGACAAACACAGAUUCAUUGUGCAGGAUUUCUCAGAAUUACAAGGGUUGCACCAACAAGUCUUCACAUCUUUCUGUUCAGAAAUUCCGUUAAUUGUCCCUACACCACCUCCAGUUGAAGAAUGUGCAGGAUCAAGACUUGACUUAGUGUUUGUUCUGGACGCCUCAACAAGUGUAACCAAACCUAACUUCCAACUUGUGCUCGAAUUCACAAAAAACUUCAUAUCAUUUGCCGACAUUGAUGGUGGCAGUGUCCGAGUUGGUGUGGUGAUCUACAGCACCAGCGUGCACACAGAAUUCUAUCUGGACAGAUAUUCUAGUAAAUCAGAAAUACUCGAGGCCAUAGACUCGAUUCCAUACACCUAUGGCAGCACCAACACAGCCGACGGGUUGAAGGUGAUGAGAAGACAGGUGUUCUCACUGCAGCAUGGCGACCGACCAGACGUGGACAAUAUGGCGAUAGUUGUCACAGAUGGAGUCUCCAACAUCAACUCCAGACAGACCUUGCCUCAAGCCCAGGCUGCCAGGGACGAGGGAAUCACCAUCUAUGUCAUAGGGAUUGGUCUGGCCGACACUAGGGAGCUGGAUGGGAUAGCCAGUCUCCCUAUAGACAAACACAGAUUCAUUGUGCAGGAUUUCUCAGAAUUACAAGGGUUGCACCAACAAGUCUUCACAUCUUUCUGUCCAGAAAUUCCGUUAAUUGUCCCUACACCACCUCCAGUUGAAGAAUGUGCAGGAUCAAGACUUGACUUAGUGUUUGUUCUGGACGCCUCAACAAGUGUAACCAAACCUAACUUCCAACUCGUGCUCGAAUUCACAAAAGACUUCAUAUCAUUUGCCGACAUCGAUGGUGGCAGUGUCCGAGUUGGUGUGGUCGUCUACAGCACCAGCGUGCACACAGAGUUCUAUCUGGACAGAUAUUCUAGUAAAUCAGAAAUACUUGAGGCCAUAGACUCGAUUCCAUACACCUAUGGCAGCACCAACACAGCCGACGGGUUGAAGGUGAUGAGAAAACAGGUGUUCUCACUGCAGCACGGUGACCGACCAGACGUGGACAAUAUGGCGAUAGUUGUCACAGAUGGAGUCUCAAACAUCAACUCCAGACAGACCUUGCCUCAAGCCCAGGCUGCCAGGGACGAGGGAAUCACCAUCUAUGUCAUAGGGAUUGGUCUGGCCGACACCAGGGAGCUGGAUGGGAUAGCCAGUCUCCCUAUAGACAAACACAGAUUCAUUGUGCAUGAUUUCUCAGAAUUACAAGGGUUGCACCAACAAGUCUUCACAUCUUUCUGUCCAGAAAAAUCUACGUUGCCGCCAACAUCAUUACCAUUUGAUGAAUGCCGGUCUAUCUCCAUGGAUGUGAUCUUCGUUCUCGACUCUUCCACCAGCGUUUCAGAGCCGAAUUUUAAACACAUUCUUCAAUUCCUGAAACAAUUCCUAAAACAUGCAGACGUCAGUCUAGAUGUUGUGCGUGUUGGUGUCAUCACGUACAGCACCAGCGUUCACAUCGAGUUCAGUAUGAAUGAGUACUUUACGAAAUCUCAGGUGUUUUCUGCCAUAGAGAAGAUUCCUUAUAGACACGGCAGCACAAACACGGCUGAUGCUCUGAGAACAAUGAGAAACAUGUUUUCUUCUCAAUACGGUGAUAGACCAGGAGUUAAAAAUGUCGCAGUUGUAGUCACCGAUGGUGUAUCUAAUAUCAACUCCAGACGCACAAUACCAGAAGCAGAGUCCGCCAGGGCAAUUGGGAUACAUAUAUAUGCUAUAGGGAUUGGUCUAGCUGACACGAGGGAGUUGGAUGGAAUUGCCAGUCUUCCGGUAGAGGAAAACAGGUUUAUUGUGAAAGAGUUCUCUGAGUUGAGUAAACUCGGCGAUAGAGUCUUCCUCAGUGUCUGUCCAGGUAUGGUAGGGGAGGUAACCUUUUCUGUCAAUCUGUUCAAGAAGCCUAUUAGCAUUCCUCAACCAGAGUUUCAAAAUUGUGAGGAUGCCAAGAUUGAUCUUAUCUUUGUUCUGGAUGCUUCGACCAGUGUUACAAAACCAAACUUCAAACUGAUGCUGGACUUUCUCAAAGAUUUUCUUUAUAUCGCAAGAAUUGAUAACGGAAAUGUCCGAGUUGGUCUUGUAAUUUACAGCACCCGAGUUCAUGUUCAGUUUCAACUCAAUGACUUCUCGACCAAGAGCGAGGUGUACAACGCCAUUGACAACACCCCAUAUGAGUAUGGAAGCACCAACACCGCUGAUGGCAUCAAAACCAUGAGGACAAUGUUCACUCGCCGUAAUGGUGAUAGACCAGAUGUGAGAAACAUUGCAAUAGUGAUCACCGAUGGCGUGUCCAACAUCAAUGCCAGGAGAACCAUCCCAGAGGCUGAAGGAGCUAGAGAUGAAGGCAUCCACAUAUAUGCCAUUGGUAUUGGCUUGACUGAUACGAGGGAGAUAGAUGGAAUCGCCAGCCCACCAGUAGAAGAAAACAGAUUUACAGUAACUGAAUUCAGCGAACUGAGAGCUUUGAGAGAUAAAGUCUUCCGUUCGUUUUGUGUUCAAGCACCACCGGUACCAAUAACUACACCACCGCCAGUACUCGGAAGUUGUGAAGAUGCAAAGCUGGAUCUGAUAUUUGUCCUGGAUGCUUCUACCAGUGUCACAGAGCCAAAUUUUAAAAUAAUGCUCAACUUCUUAAAGGAUUUCCUUUAUAUCGCAAGUAUUGAUAGUGGAAAUGUCCGAGUUGGUCUUGUGAUUUACAGCACCCGAGUUCACGUCCAAUUUCAACUCAAUGACUUCUCGUCCAAGGGCGAGGUGUACAAUGCCAUCGACAACACCCCAUAUGAGUAUGGAAGCACCAACACAGCUGAUGGCCUCAAAACCAUGAGGACAAUGUUCACUCGCCGUAAUGGUGACAGGCCAGAUGUGAAGAAUGUGGCAAUAGUGAUCACCGACGGUGUGUCUAACAUCAAUGCCAGGAGAACCAUCCCAGAGGCUGAAGGAGCUAGAGCAGAAGGCAUCCACAUCUAUGCUAUUGGCAUUGGCUUGACUGAUACGAGGGAGAUAGACGGAAUCGCCAGUAAACCUAUAGAAGAAAACAGAUUCACAGUCCAGGAAUUCAGUGAAUUAAGAGUUUUGAGAGAUAAAGUCUUCCGGUCUUUCUGUGUUGCUACACCAAUUCCCAUCACUUUACCACCACCACCACCAAUGAAUUGUGAAAAUACAAAGCUGGAUCUGAUUUUUGUCCUUGAUGCUUCUACCAGUGUCACAAAACCAAAUUUUAAACUGAUGCUCAACUUCUUGAAGGAUUUCCUUUAUAUCGCGAGUAUCGAUACUGGAAAUGUUCGAGUUGGUCUUGUGAUCUACAGCACCCGAGUUAACGUCCAGUUUCAACUGAAUGACUUCUCGUCCAAGGGCGAGGUGUACAACGCCAUUGACAACACCCCAUAUGAGCAUGGAAGCACCAACACAGCUGAUGGCCUCAAAACCAUGAGGACAAUGUUCAGUCGCCGUAAUGGUGAUAGACCAGAUGUGAAGAAUGUGGCAAUAGUGAUCACUGAUGGAGUGUCCAACAUAAAUGCCAGGAGAACCAUCCCAGAGGCUGAAAGAGCUAGAGAUGAAGGCAUCCACAUCUAUGCUAUUGGUAUUGGCUUGACUGACACAAGGGAGAUAGAUGGAAUCGCUAGUCCACCAAUAGAAAAAAACAGAUUCACAGUCCAGGAAUUCAGUGAAUUGAGAGCUUUGAGAGAUAAAGUCUUCCAGUCUUUCUGUGUUGUGAAGGAGAAACCAAAAGCUACACCAAAACCAAUUACUUUACCACCGCCACCAGUGAAUUGUGAAAAUACAAAGCUGGAUCUGAUUUUUGUCCUUGAUGCUUCUACCAGUGUCACAAAACCAAAUUUUAAACUGAUGCUCAACUUCUUGAAGGAUUUCCUUUAUAUCGCGAGUAUCGAUACUGGAAAUGUUCGAGUUGGUCUUGUGAUCUACAGCACCCGAGUUCACGUCCAGUUUCAACUGAAUGACUUCUCGUCCAAGGGCGAGGUGUACAACGCCAUUGACAACACCCCAUAUGAGCAUGGAAGCACCAACACAGCUGAUGGCCUCAAAACCAUGAGGACAAUGUUCAGUCGCCGUAAUGGUGAUAGACCAGAUGUGAAGAAUGUGGCAAUAGUGAUCACUGAUGGAGUGUCCAACAUAAAUGCCAGGAGAACCAUCCCAGAGGCUGAAAGAGCUAGAGAUGAAGGCAUCCACAUCUAUGCUAUUGGUAUUGGCUUGACUGACACAAGGGAGAUAGAUGGAAUCGCUAGUCCACCAAUAGAAAAAAACAGAUUCACAGUCCAGGAAUUCAGUGAAUUGAGAGCUUUGAGAGAUAAAGUCUUCCAGUCUUUCUGUGUUGUGAAGGAGAAACCAAAAGCUACACCAAUACCAAUUACUUUACCACCGCCACCAGUGAAUUGUGAAAAUGCAAAGCUGGAUCUGAUUUUUGUCCUUGAUGCUUCUACCAGUGUCACAGAGCCAAAUUUUAAACUGAUGCUCAACUUCUUGAAGGAUUUCCUUUAUAUCGCGAGUAUCGACACUGGAAAUGUUCGAGUUGGUCUUGUGAUCUACAGCACCCGAGUUCACGUCCAGUUUCAACUGAAUGACUUCUCGUCCAAGGGCGAGGUGUACAACGCCAUUGACAACACCCCAUAUGAGUAUGGAAGCACCAACACAGCUGAUGGCCUCAAAACCAUGAGGACAAUGUUCAGUCGCCGUAAUGGUGAUAGACCAGAUGUGAAGAAUGUGGCAAUAGUGAUCACUGAUGGAGUGUCCAACAUAAAUGCCAGGAGAACCAUCCCAGAGGCUGAAGGAGCUAGAGAUGAAGGGAUCCACAUCUAUGCCAUUGGUAUUGGCUUGACUGACACAAGGGAGAUAGAUGGAAUAGCUAGUCCACCAAUAGAAGAAAAUAGAUUCACAGUUCAGGAAUUCAGUGAAUUGAGAGCUUUGAGAGAUAAAGUCUUUCAGUCUUUCUGUGUUGUGAAGGAGAAACCAAAAGCUGCGCCAAUACCAAUUACUUUACCACCGCCAACAGAGAGUUGUGAAAAUGCAAAGCUGGAUCUGAUUUUUGUCCUUGAUGCUUCUACCAGUGUCACAGAGCCAAAUUUUAAACUGAUGCUCAACUUCUUGAAGGAUUUCCUUUAUAUCGCGAGUAUCGAUACUGGAAAUGUUCGAGUUGGUCUUGUGAUCUACAGCACCCGAGUUAACGUCCAGUUUCAACUGAAUGAUUUUUCGUCCAAGGGCGAGGUGUACAACGCCAUUGACAACACCCCAUAUGAAUAUGGAAGCACCAACACAGCUGAUGGCCUCAAAACCAUGAGGACAAUGUUCAGUCGCCGUAAUGGUGAUAGACCAGAUGUGAAGAAUGUGGCAAUAGUGAUCACCGAUGGAGUGUCCAACAUCAAUGCUAGGAGAACCAUCCCAGAGGCUGAAGGAGCUAGAGAUGAAGGCAUCCACAUCUAUGCUAUUGGCAUUGGCUUGACUGACACGAGGGAGAUAGAUGGAAUCGCCAGCCCACCAAUAGAAGAAAAUAGAUUCACAGUUCAGGAAUUCAGUGAAUUGAGAGCUUUGAGAGAUAAAGUCUUCCAGUCUUUCUGUGUUGCAGUAUCAAAAACAACAACAGGUUUCAUUCUUCUACGAGCAACACCAAUACCGAUUACAUUACCACCUGUUCCAAGUUGUGAAUCUGCAAAAAUCGAUCUAAUAUUUGUGCUUGAUGCUUCUACCAGUGUCACAGAACCUAAUUUUAAACUGAUGCUCAACUUCUUGAAGGAUUUCCUUUACAUUGCAAAUAUUGACAACGGAAAUGUCCGCGUUGGGCUUGUCAUCUACAGCACAAGGGUCCACCUUCAGUUCCAUCUGAAUGAACACAAUACCAAGAAUGAAGUGUACAACGCCAUUGAUAACACCCCAUACAGGUAUGGAAGCACCAACACGGCUGACGGUAUUAAGGAGAUGAGGAGUAUGUAUUCCCGACGACACGGUGACAGACCCAAUGUCCCCAAUAUCGCCAUAGUGAUCACCGAUGGAGUGUCCAACAUCAAUGCCAGGAGAACCAUCCCAGAGGCUGAAGGAGCUAGAGCAGAAGGCAUCCACAUCUAUGUUAUUGGCAUUGGCUUGACUGACACGAGGGAGAUAGAUGGAAUUGCCAGCCCACCAAUAGAAGAAAACAGAUUUGCAGUCCAGGAAUUCCACGAAUUGAGAGCUUUGAGAGAUAAAGUCUUCCACUCUCUGUGUGGAGAACCAAAUAUCAAAGUGACGUUCCCACCGACAACAGAAAAGUGUGGUCUGGACAAAGUUGAUCUAGUCAUAAUACUCGAUUCUUCGACGAGCGUCACCCAGGCGAACUUUGUCAAGAUGCUCCAGUUCACCAAAGACCUACUACGCAUCUCCAACAUCGACAACGGCGACGUCCGCGUAGGCGUCGUGACGUACAGCACCAGCGUGAAAGUGCGAUUCCACCUGAAAGACUUCCGAACGAAGGCAGAGGUGGAGGCGGCCAUUGACAGCAUCCCCUAUGACUUCGGCAGCACGAACACCGCCGACGCAAUCAGGACCAUGAGAGAUGAGAUGUUCCUCAGCGUCAACGGUGACAGACCUGACGUCCCCAACGUCUGUAUCGUCAUCACUGACGGAGUGUCCAACAUCAACUCCAGACGGACUGUCCCCGAUGCCCAGGCUGCUCACGAUGAAGGCAUUCAUAUAUACGCUAUCGGUAUAGGACUCACAGACACUAGAGAGCUCGAUGGAAUUGCCUCCCCUCCAUCAUCGGCCAACAGCUUCACCGUCAACGACUUCAGUGAACUGGAGAACUUAGACGAGAAGAUAUUCUCGUCAAUUUGCCCAGUGGCCACCUUUGAACCACCAUCAGAAUGUUCGUUGGACAAGGUGGACCUGGUCAUCAUACUCGACUCCUCGACCAGUGUCACUGACGUAAACUUUAUCAAAAUGAAGAACUUCGUCAAGGACCUAUUAAAGAAUGUAGAUCUGGACAGUGGCGCGGUCAGGGUGGGCGUGGUCAUAUACAGUACACGGGUGUCGGUAAUGUUCCACCUGAAUCAACACAAAAGCCGUAGAGCCUACAUGAGGGCGGUAGAUGAAAUCCCUUACCAGUAUGGCAGCACAAACACUGCCGGCGGCCUCAAGACCAUGAGGACGGAGAUGUUCACGAAACAAAAUGGCGAUCGCAGAAGAGUCAAGAAUGUCUGUAUCGUCGUCACUGACGGCGUGUCAAACAUCAAUGCUAGAAGCACCGUACCCGAGGCAGAGAGAGCACGAGCUGAGGGCAUCCACAUCUACGCUAUUGGAAUAGGUCUGACUGACACACGAGAGCUUGAUCAGUUGUCAUCGCGACCGAAGGACCCUAAUACGUUUAUUGUGAAUGAUUUCGACGAACUUGUCGGCCUCGAUGAAAAGAUAUUUGGAGCAGCUUGUCCAGGGCGAACACCGAAACCAACACCUUCCAUAGAAUUAACAACACCAAGAACUCCAGUGUAUAAGGAUUCUGGGUAUGAUAUUGUCUUUAUGCUUGACGGCACUGUUGAUAACAGAAUAUUUAAAUGGAUGACUGAUUUCACUAAAAACUAUGCAUCACAAAUGGACAUCGAUUCUGGCGACUACCGCGUUGGUGCUAUGACUUACACGAGAUCUCAGAACCUGGGAUUCAACAUCAACGAGUACAACUUUCAGUCUGACGUUGUGAACGCUGUGAAUUCGAGGUUGAACAACCAGCCAGGAGGGAGGCCAGAUCUUGGAUCUGCCUUUGAUUACGUUAGAAAGUCCAUGUUCACCCAGGGCAACGGAGACAGACCAAAUGCUAGGAACUUUGUUGUCAUGAUGACAGGGAACGAAAAGAGUUUAAAUACGAAUGAAGCCAUCAACGCGGCUAACCGAAUGAAAGAUGCUGGGUAUGGUAUCUUCACUAUUGGGAUGAAUGUAAGAGAUACCAGUGAACUGGAUGAAGUGUCUUCUCAACCCCUCGAUCAAUAUCAGUAUAUGAUUACCAGUGAAUCAGAGCUACCAGAAUUGCCCGGUAUUGUGGAUUACCAGCUUAGAGCAGCUCAACCAACACCUAAACCAAAAACACCAGUGUAUAAGGAUUCUGGAUAUGAUAUUGUCUUUAUGCUUGAUGGAACUGCUGAUAACAGAAUAUUUAAAUGGAUGACUGAUUUCACUAAAAACUAUGCAUCACAAAUGGACAUCGACUCUGGGGACUAUCGCGUUGGUGCCAUGACGUUCACCAGAUCUCAGAACCUGGGAUUCAAUAUCAACGAGUAUGACUUUCAGUCUGACGUUGUGAACGCCGUAGGUACGCGUUUGCACAACCAGCCAGGAGGGAGGCCAGACCUUGGAGCUGCCUUUGAUUAUGUCAGAAAGUCCAUGUUUACCCCGGGCAAUGGAGACAGACCAAAUGCCAAGAACUUUGUUGUCAUGAUGACUGGGAAUGAAAAGAGCUUAAACACGGCUGAUGCCAUUAAGGCAGCUAACCGACUGAAAGAUGCUGGUUAUGGAGUAUUCACUGUUGGUCUGAAUUUGAGAGACACCAGCGAAUUGGAUCAAGUGUCUUCUAAACCUCUGAAUCAGUAUCAGUAUCUGAUUAAUAGUGAACGAGAGCUGCAGCAGUUACCCAGGCGUUUGGGUCAUCAGCUGACUAGAGCUCAGCCAACGCCUAAACCAAGAACACCAGUCUAUAAGGAUUCCGGAUAUGAUAUUGUCUUUAUGCUUGAUGGAACUGCUGAUAACAGAAUAUUUAAAUGGAUGACUGAUUUCACUAAAAACUAUGCAUCACAAAUGGACAUCGACUCUGGGGACUAUCGCGUUGGUGCCAUGACGUUCACCAGAUCUCAGAACCUGGGAUUCAAUAUCAACGAGUAUGACUUUCAGUCUGACGUUGUGAACGCCGUAGGUACGCGUUUGCACAACCAGCCAGGAGGGAGGCCAGACCUUGGAGCUGCCUUUGAUUAUGUCAGAAAGUCCAUGUUUACCCCGGGCAAUGGAGACAGACCAAAUGCCAAGAACUUUGUUGUCAUGAUGACUGGGAAUGAAAAGAGCUUAAACACGGCUGAUGCCAUUAAGGCAGCUAACCGACUGAAAGAUGCUGGUUAUGGAGUAUUCACUGUUGGUCUGAAUUUGAGAGACACCAGCGAAUUGGAUCAAGUGUCUUCUAAACCUCUGAAUCAGUAUCAGUAUCUGAUUAAUAGUGAACGAGAGCUGCAGCAGUUACCCAGGCGUUUGGGUCAUCAGCUGACUAGAGCUCAGCCAACGCCUAAACCAAGAACACCAGUCUAUAAGGAUUCCGGAUAUGAUAUUGUCUUUAUGCUUGAUGGAACUGCUGAUAACAGAAUAUUUAAAUGGAUGACUGAUUUCACUAAAAACUAUGCAUCACAAAUGGACAUCGACUCUGGGGACUAUCGCGUUGGUGCCAUGACGUUCACCAGAUCUCAGAACCUGGGAUUCAAUAUCAACGAGUAUGACUUUCAGUCUGACGUUGUGAACGCCGUAGGUACGCGUUUGCACAACCAGCCAGGAGGGAGGCCAGACCUUGGAGCUGCCUUUGAUUAUGUCAGAAAGUCCAUGUUUACCCCGGGCAAUGGAGACAGACCAAAUGCCAAGAACUUUGUUGUCAUGAUGACUGGGAAUGAAAAAAGCUUAAACACGGCUGAUGCCAUUAAGGCAGCUAACCGACUGAAAGAUGCUGGUUAUGGAGUAUUCACUGUUGGUCUGAAUUUGAGAGACACCAGCGAAUUGGAUCAAGUGUCUUCUAAACCUCUGAAUCAGUAUCAGUAUCUGAUUAAUAGUGAACGAGAGCUGCAGCAGUUACCCAGGCGUUUGGGUCAUCAGCUGACUAGAGCUCAGCCAACGCCUAAACCAAGAACACCAGUCUAUAAGGAUUCCGGAUAUGAUAUUGUCUUUAUGCUUGAUGGCACUGUUGAUAACAGAAUAUUUAAAUGGAUGACUGAUUUCACUAAAAACUAUGCAUCACAAAUGGACAUCGAUUCUGGCGACUACCGCGUUGGUGCUAUGACUUACACGAGAUCUCAGAACCUGGGAUUCAACAUCAACGAGUACGACUUCCAGUCUGACGUUGUGAAGGCCAUAGAUACAGAUUUGCACAACCAGCCAGGAGGGAGGCCAGACCUUGGAGCUGCCUUUGAUUACGUCAGAAAGUCCAUGUUCACCCCGGGCAAUGGAGAUAGACCAAAUGCCAAGAACUUUGUUGUUAUGAUGACUGGGAAUGAAAAGAGCUUAAACACGGCUGACGCCAUUAACGCAGCUAACAGACUGAAAAAUGCUGGGUAUGGCAUCUUCACUGUUGGCCUGAAUUUGAGAGACACCAGCGAGCUGGAUCAAGUGUCUUCUAAACCUCUGAAUCAGUAUCAGUAUCUGAUUAAUAGUGAACAAGACCUGCAACAGUUACCCAGGCGUUUAGGUCAUCAGCUUACUAAAGCUCAGCCAACGCCUAAACCAAGAACACCAGUUUAUAAGGAUUCUGGGUAUGAUAUUGUCUUUAUGCUUGACGGCACUGUUGAUAACAGAAUAUUUAAAUGGAUGACUGAUUUCACUAAAAACUAUGCAUCACAAAUGGACAUCGACUCUGGGGACUAUCGCGUUGGUGCCAUGACGUUCACCAGAUCUCAGAACCUGGGAUUCAAUAUCAACGAGUACGACUUUCAGUCUGACGUCGUGAACGGCGUUGAUACGCGUUUGCACAACCAGCCAGGAGGGAGGCCAGACCUUGGAGCUGCCUUUGAUUAUGUCAGAAAGUCCAUGUUCACCCCGGGUAACGGAGACAGACCAAAUGCCAAGAACUUUGUUGUCAUGAUGACUGGGAAUGAAAAGAGCUUAAAAACGGCUGAUGCCAUUAACGCAGCUAACCGACUGAAAAAUGCUGGUUAUGGAGUAUUCACUGUUGGUCUGAAUUUGAGAGACACCAGCGAAUUGGAUCAAGUGUCUUCUAAACCUCUGAAUCAGUAUCAGUAUCUGAUUAACAGCGAACCAGAGCUGCAGCAGUUACCUAGGCGUUUGGGUCGUCAGCUUACUAGAGCACAACCAACGCCAAAACCAAGAAUACCAGUCCAUAAAGACACUGGGUAUGAUGUUGUAUUUAUGCUUGACGGCACGGUCGACAACAGAAGAUUCAACUGGAUGAAAGAUUUUGUUAAAAACUAUGCAUCCCAGAUGGACGUCGACUCUGGAGACUAUCGCGUUGGUGCUAUGACGUACACCAGAUCUCAGAACCUGGGAUUCAACAUGAACGACCACUUGUUCCAGUCCGACGUCGUCAACGCCAUGGACAGCAAACUGAAGAACCGACCAGGAGGACAGCCCGACCUAGGUGCCGCCUUCGACUACGUCAGGAACUCCAUGUUCACGCAGCGCAACGGCGACAGACCAAAUGCCAGGAAUUUUGUUGUCAUGGUAACGGGAAGCGACAGGAGUGUACGGCAGUCAAACGCGUAUGACGCAGCAAACAGAUUGAAAGAUGCCGGGUUCGGCAUCUUCACCGUGGGACUCAACAUUAGGGACACGAGAGAGAUCGAUGAAGUCUCAUCGAAACCGCUGAAUUACUAUCAGUACCUCGUCAAUGACGAACGGGGAUUCUCAGAAUUGCCAGGCAGAAUUGGUCACAGGCUUGAGAGAGCUAAACCAACACCGCGUCCUGCUACAGUGGCUCCAACACCAGCGAGGACAACAGCGUACAUGGACACUGGUUAUGACAUUGUCUUUAUGCUGGACGGGACGACCAAUAACAGAAUCUUCAAAUGGAUGACUGACUUCGCCCAGAACUACGCAUCUCAGAUGGAAAUCGACUCUGGGGAAUAUCGCGUGGGCGGAAUGACCUUCACCCGAUACCCGAACAUCGGCUUCAACCUAAACGACUACGGUUUCCAGUCUGACGUCAUCAAUGCCUUUGGUACUAAACUGAAGAACCGGCCCGGUGGAGAGCCGGACUUUGCGUCGGCCUUCGACCGCGUCCGCCAAACCAUGUUCACGAAGUCUAACGGAGACAGACCGAACGCUCGGAACUUCGUCAUGCUGUUGACCGGAAACGAACGAAGUCUAAAAAAACCGGCUACGUGGGCUGCCGCGAACCGUCUGAAGGACGCAGGGUUCGGGUUGUUCACGGUCGGAUUUAAUAUUGGAGACACGACGGGAAUAGACGAAGUCACGUCCAAACCCCUAGACGUGUAUCAGCAUCUCGUGAACACGGAGCAGGACUUGUCCGAACUGCCAGGCAUCAUAAAUUAUCAACUUACUCAAGCUCGACCAACGAGAAAACCAACUCCCCCACCAACAACGACACCUCCGCCGAGAACCACAGCUUAUAUGGACACCGGGUAUGACGUCAUCUUCAUGCUUGACGGCACAGUCACUCCCCAAAUCUUUGGUUGGAUGACUGGCUUCGUGCGGAACUUCGCCUCCGAAAUGAACAUCGACAGCGGAGAAUACCGAGUGGGCGGGAUGACCUUCACACGGUCACCCCGCGUCGCCUGGAACCUCAACGACUACGGCUUCGAGGAUGACGUCAUCAACGCCGUGGGCGCGAAGAUGUCGAACCGACCCGGAGGACGCCCUGAUUUGGGCCGAGCGUUCGACACGGUCCGCGGACAGAUGUUCACGUACCGCAAAGGCGACCGCCCCAAUGCCCGGAACUUCAUCAUCAUGAUGACAGCCAAUGAGAGGAGUCAGAACAGAGGCAGCACCUACCGGGCGGCGGACAGGCUCAAGCACAACGGAGUCGGGAUCUACACGAUCGGGUUUAACCUGGCGGACACGACGGAGAUCGACGCCAUCUCCACUUUACCUCUAGACGAGUACGAGCACCUCAUUAAUGACCCUUCACAGCUGUCCGAGCUCCCGGGAAUCAUCAACUACAAGCUGAGAAAUGCUCCUAUUCCACCCACUCCGCCGCCGGCCACCCGCCCGCCUACAACACCAAGAAGAACACGCCCAACCACGCCCAGACCGACUCGCAGGAUUUACACAGGACCGCCUCCAGUGUGCACAUCGACUGGCGACAUCGUUUUCAUCAUCGACUCGUCGGGGAGUGUCGGUCAGGUCAACUUCUACCACAUCCUCAACUUCACCGCCGACAUCGUGCGAGGACUCGACGUCGACGCCGGCUCCUACCGUGUCGGCAUGAUCACCUUCAGUACCUCCUCCAACAUCGAGUUCCACCUGCGCGACUUCUACACCGUCGUCGACGUCAUUGAUGCCAUCCGCAACGUGCAAUACAGCUACGGCUACACCCACACGGCCGAGGCGCUGCGCAGAGCACGGACGGAGAUGUUUACGACGUCACAUGGCGACAGGCCAGACUGCCCCAAUCUCGCCAUCAUCAUCACGGACGGGCAGUCGAACAUCAAUCACAUCGACACUCUGCCCGAGGCGAGGAGGAUGAAACGGGAGGGGAUCACAGUCCUCACGCUGGCCGUUGGAUUCACGCAGACGACCGCCGAGCUGCAGGGGAUGACGUCGCAACCCAUUAACGAGAAUCUACUUCUAGCAGACGACUUCCAGGCUUUGAGUCAUCUCAAAGAUAACAUUGUUAGACCAAUAUGUACAGAUGGUAACCUCUGUGACGAGAACCCGUGUCGAAACGAGGCUGUCUGUUUGGAUGGGCUGAGAAGCUACACGUGCGUGUGCCGACCAGGAUUCUUUGGCGACAACUGUCAGAAAUCGUGUGGAGGACCAGCUGACGUGGUCAUGAUUCUCGACUCCUCCAACUCGAUUGGACCUGAGAGGUUCACGCGCAUCAAGAUGUACGCCGAGACUCUUGUCCGGGAGAUGAACAUCGAGGCCUGCGACAUCCGCGUCGGGGUCAUGAAGUACAGCUCGGCCGCCAUGAUCCAGUUCAACCUGGGCACGUUCCGCGACCAGGAGACGAUCUCCCGUGCGAUCGACAACAUCCACUACACUCGGGGACGGGCCAACAUGGCCGGCGCGUUCAGCACGGCCAGGCUGCAGAUGUUCAACAGGGGAUUCGACCGGCCGGACGCCAGGAAGAUCGCCUACCUCUUCACCGACGGCGUGGUGCAGAUCAACAAGGACACGACGCUGUCGGAGGCGGAGCUGAUGAUCGAGUCGGGGGUGAGGAUCGUGCCGCUAGGUGUGGACGUGAGGGACGAAUCGGAGAUCAAGUCGAUCGCGUCCGCUCAAGGGAUGGGUCUCAUUCAGGUGGAGGACGAGAUCGCACUGCAAGACAUGAGCGACAAGGUCCUGGAGUCAGUGCUUGACACUGGUACAGGAGAGAACUACUGCGCAGACGAUCCGUGCGAAAACAGGGGACGAUGUUUUAACCGCCCUGGUGGAUUCAAGUGCGAGUGUAUUGCCGGAUAUUCUGGAGACACCUGUGGCAACCAGUGUCUCGGACAAGGCGACGUGGUUUUCGUGAUGGACCGUUCGCGCUACGUGUCACGCGUGGAACUGAGAAAGAUGAAACGUUUUGUGCGUCACGUGGUCAACCGACUGGCGUUCAAGAACGGAAAUCACCGAGUGGCGGUCGUGCCUUUCGGAGGCACAUCUCGGGUACUCGUUUCCCUUCGUGACGGAGUAUCCCGGCGCGCGGUCAAAGUUCCAGUUGCCGGAAUAAGAAAAUCGUUUGGAGAUCCAAAUCUCGCCGGCGCUCUGCAGAAAGUACGAUCAAGUGUUCUCAAAUCUCGCGGGGAUCGGCGAGAUGUUCCCAACUACGUCGUGCUGGUCACCAAGGGGUUGCGAAACGUUCACGACAUCAUCAUAGAGAUUAACAAGCUCAAGAGAGGCGGAUCACAAAUCGUCGGAGUUGGUCUUGGUUUGAGCAGUUCAGAGAAGAUCUACAUGGAGUCGAUCGUCUCCUCUCCCGACAAGAUGAUGUUUGAUGCGGAGGUUGCCGAUGAUCUGGAAACUGUGACAAGUCAGUUCGGGGACUUUGUUUGUGAAGAUACUGUAGCAGACCUUUGCAACACCGACCCCUGCCAGAACGGAGGGGUGUGUGAGAUUGCAGACAGGGACUACAUCUGCCGCUGUCGACCAGGAUGGGCCGGCAAGAACUGUGACAGACAUUGCGACGACAGGGCAGACGUGGUCGUGCUCAUCGACUCGUCAGGCAGCGUGGGCUACGAGAGCUUCCGUAAGAUCAAGGACUACCUGCGCGACUUCGUCAGCAAGUUGAACAUCGGCGCGGACAGGACCCGGGUGGGAGUCGCCACGUUCAGCCAGUUCAGUCGAGCCGAGAUUUAUCUCGACUCCUAUUACGACAAGCGGGACCUGAUGAACGCCAUUUCGGGUCUCACGUACGAGUACGGCAACACCAACACCGCGUCUGGCAUCAAGCUGAUGCGGUCCGCCAUGUUCUCUAAUCGUCAUGGAGACAGACCGGAUGUUCCUAACUUCGCAAUGGUUAUCACCGAUGGAUUGUCUAACGUGAAUUCCAAGAACACAAUCCCACAAGCAGACAUGGCUAAAAAGCAUGGAGUUCAUAUAUUCUCAGUCGGCGUUGGAACCUUUGAUCCGUGGGAGGUGGACGCAAUAGCCACCGAACCCCACGAAAAGAACGCGUUCAAAGUGGCCUCGUUCGAUAACCUCAACGAAAUUUCCACCAGACUAAUUGAUGCAAUAUGUAGAGACCCCGGCGUGUGUGCUGACAGCCCGUGUCUUAACGGCGGUAUCUGUGUUCCCACCGUCGGUGACUAUAGGUGUGAAUGUUCUGUUGGCUUCCUCGGCAAGAACUGCGAACUAGACUGCCAGGCGAGAAAGGACAUCGCGUUUAUCUUGGACUCGUCGACGAGUGUGGGCGAAGACAACUUUAAAGCGAUGCUCACAUACGUUCAGACCGUGGUGAAGGACCUGACGAGCAACGGGCGGUCCGGCCACGCCUUCUCGCUUAUCACCUACAACACCGACUCCACUCUUGUCUUCAGCUUCGGUCGCUACCACAGCCCGUCCGACGUCGUCAACGUCAUCGAGACGACCAAAUACACCUACGGCUCAACCAACACCGCUGACGCUUUGCGGACGGCCAUCGAAGUGUUCAGUCCAGGGCGGGGCGAAAGGAGGGGUGCGGACAACAUCGCCAUUCUCAUCACCGACGGCGAGUCCAACAUCAACUACCACGACACCGUUCCAGCGGCGACAGAUCUGAAGAACAUGGGAGUCAGGGUGGUGGCCAUAGGGAUAGGGUUGACCAACACGGCUGAGAUUAACGCCAUUGCGUCUAGCCAAAAUGACGUGUUCCAAGUGAACUCUUUUGAAAACCUCGAGGAGAUUAAGGACGAGCUGGUCAAAGUGUCUUGUCAGACGGUAGAGGUUCGGAAAAUCAGUGGCGGGUAUACUACUACAGGGUAUGACGAAGACUUUUUAAGGGAGUAAAACCCAGGAUAAACUGUACUAGAGGAUGUUCUUUUGGAGUUUUUUUUUAUUAAUAGGUGGGUUUUUUGUGUUUUUUGUGUUUUUUUAUCAUGUGUGAAACAAAAUGUUUUAUUGUAUUAUGAGAAUGGGAAUUAAUGUAAUGGCUGCAAUAUUCACUUGCACAUCACUUAUUCUGAUGGUCUCACGCACCAGUUUUUAUGAAAUAAAUACCUCGAAGACUUCGAUGAAAAACCUCAAGAUUCGAAGACCGCCAUGUUGGAUACGUGGAUGUGUGUGGAACAUCAAGUAAAUAUCUUCGGCUAGCUAUUGGUCUUGUUAAAUAGUAUUUAUAACAUGUUGUCAUUAGGUGUUACUGCUGCUGUCAGAUGUAGUUAUUUUCCAAUUGGUUUUCUUUCUGGAAAAGUGUUUUCCAGAGUGUGUGUUCCAUAUAGCUGACGGUGCAAAGUUAAGAGAACAAAAACUACUUUCCUACGAACUAGUUCCAGUGCUUCUGGUUGACCAUCGGGACACAAGCAGUUGCUCUGACACACAUUCUGUAUGACUGCAUAAUCGUAGAGGUAUCACUUAUUGAUAGAUAUAUGGAGUAUUUUAAUUCAUUUCUAAUAAAGAAUAUGAACCAUA